GCUGCCGGGGGCGGCUGGGACCCCCCGGGAGCCCCGAGAUCCGCCCGCUGCCUUCCCGUGACGCGCACGCACAGUCCUGGGGCGUCGGUGCGAUACUCAGACACUUGCACUGGAGGCUGUCCCAGCACGGAGGGCGCCCUGGCAUGGAGAGUCCCGGCACAGAGAGUCCCGGCACGGAGAGUCCCGGCAUGGAGAGAGUCCCGGCACGGAGAGUCCCGGCAUGGAGAGAGUCCCGGCACGGAGGGCACCCCGGCAUGGAGGCUGUGCGGCACAGUAUCACAGCCGGCACUUCUGCGCCAUCACCCCUCGGAGGCAGCGGGGGGGGGGGGGCUCUUGACUCCGAGCGAUGGGGCAGAGGCCUCCAGGUGACGACAACCAGAGCCCUAGGAAGGAAGGGGCGGGUCUGGCGUGACGACCCGUGUGUGCUCAUGUCCUCCGUGUGCCCUGGAAAAUGGCCAGAACUGCCCAUCCGGGGCUCCGGAUGGCUCAGGAGGACCGUGACUCCGUUGGUGAUUCUGGGACAACCAGGUCGGUGGCUCAACACGAGGUCCGAGGUGCGGUGCUGGGGGUCCCUGCCCCCACCCCGGGUGCUCAGGGACAGGCCAGGCGGCCCUGAAACAGAACAGUCUGUCCUGGGUGAUUACUACAGUUUAUUUUUCAGUGCAAAAAUGGGAAUAGAACCAAGAAAGACCCACGUGCCCGAGACCACGCUCCCUGUGCCCACCCACGCAACCCAGAGCCCCGUCCACGCCGGGACCCAGCUCCUGUCUGCACCCCGGACACUCUGGCCCCUCCCCGUUACCUCCCUGUCCCGGCACCCUCCUCCAGGCUGCCCUCAGGAGUUGCAGGUGGAAGGUGCGAGGGUGAGGGCCAGCGACCCCCACCUGAGCCUGCCACCCCCGCCCCCAGGGGUGUCCUUGGGCCCAGGCAGGGUCCACUCGCGGCCACAGGGGUGCGCGGCCUGCUGCUGUGUCUGGGGGCACAGGCGAGAGGCGCAGGCGGCCCCAGGGAGACCCUCGAGCCACCUCCGGGUCCUCCCCAGGACCUUGUGCCUUCCUGUCCCCCCCCCCCCCCCGCCCGCCCCGUCUCACACUGCAGCCCGGGAAGGUCCUGGGAAGUGCUGGCCGCUCUGCCCAAGGCGGCUCCCUCUCUCCUGUGUCUGGGGCGGGGGCUGGUGGUGCCAGGAGUGGACCCGGGCGGCCACGCCGGCCAGUGCUCCCUCGCUCAGCCCCCAGGUCUGCUCUCCCUGCCUGGCUCCUUCGGGCUGCUCUCCUGCUCUGCUGCCUGCCGGGGUCCCGGACACCCCCUCCCCCCGCAGAGUCCCCUCAGGCGCCCGUGGAGCUGGGCAGGGAGGGGCGCCCGGUCCCGGUGGGAGACCCAGGGCUGCCGCGGGGUGAGAGGGGCCCUUCCCCCUCCUGGAAGCCUAGGCUGAGGGCGUCUGGGAAGCGCGAGCCCCACUCGAAAUACAUGAGAGGGAAUCAGCUUCUUGCGGAGAGACCCGGCGAAUCCCUCGGCCCCAAGGUAAUAAACGCAGCCUCGUAAACACGGCCGCCCCCGGAGGCGCGGGGGGAGAAGCCUCGAGUCAGGCUUGACACGUCCUGAUUAAAACCCGAGCCGGAAGGGCGGAAGAUGGAGUUACAGGGGAGCGUAAGGACCUGAGCCAGGACAAAGACGCAGACAGUAAAUCCCAGCGACACGUCCCCCGCGGCUGGCGGGGGUGUGAUCACCGAGCCCCGAGUCCCCGGCCUGCCCCACUCACCCCUGUGCCUGCACCCAGCUGCCACCUGCACAGCCCUCUGGGAACGGCGGCAGGGGAGAGACGGGGUCGCCUCUGCUCUGGGCGGGCUCGGGCCUCGCCGGCCCUGGUGGCUGGCGGGGCGUCGGCUGCGGCCCUGCGGCACCCCGUGCCCGAGUGCACACGGCCCACCCAGCCGGGGCUCAGCAGGGCGAGACACGCUCCUCGCACGCUUGCCAGAGGCGGCGCGUGGCCCAGGGAGCGAGACUCGGCCUGCUCCUGGGGACCCCCGCGAGCUCGGGUGGGGUGCCCCUGUGCAUGUGGAGAUGGUGGCCCCGUGGCCUGCUCACGGGCUCCCCACAGGCGCCGCCGGGGCGAGGGAGGGGCGCCUGGUGCCUCGGGCCUUCCGGGCCACUCUCCCCAGCUCGGCUGUAGCUCCUGCUUCCAGAACCCUCUGGCGCCUUCCCUCUGGCCUGGCGGCGGGGACAGGACACGGAGGGACACAGAGGACGGGGGCCACCUCCGCCCCUGGGGAGAGGCACUUGUUUCCUGCCCGCCCCGUCCCCACCCUCGUAAUGCACAAAGCGGCCCCCCGACACCAUCCACCAUCCCUGCUUCGGGGGGUGCGGGGCCCACCCGGGGCUGCCAGACUCGGGCCCCUCAGAUGGGGGGCCGGAGUGACAGUGCGGUGGGCACGGUGCUUGUCUCGCACGUGGCCAGCCCUGGCUCCGCCCCAGCCCCCCAUCUGUCCCCUGAGCGCAGAGCUAGGAGUGACCUUGAGCACUGUCAGUUGUGGUUCCCAAACUCACAAAAACCAGAGUCAGACCCUGGGGGACCCACGUCACGGCCCUGGCCGCCCGUCUCUGCAGCCGAGUCGGGGCUGGACUCCGCACACCUGGGAGGGGUCAGGGCCCCGUGAUGCCCUGUGUCCUGUCCAGGCAGCGGAGCGAGCAGGAGGGCGAGGGGCCCCUUCUGCGGCCCUCCAGGGGGCCAUGGCGACGUGCCCGUGUGGGGACGAGGGCCGGGUGGCACCCGCCUCUGGCAGCUGUAUAAAUUCAGUUCCUCACGCCGCUUCCAGUCAAAACGCUGGUCUGGGAAGGGCCGGAGGAGAGGGCAGCAGGGAGGGCACGGGCCCAGCUGACCCCGACUCCAUCCGGACAUCCCAGGC